AUGAAUACUCCAACAAAAUUAAGAAAAGCUAAUGGUUCACUUGCUUUCCCAGAAGGAUUUAAACAAAUUAAAAGAAGUGUACAAAGUAAACUUAACCCAAAUUUAGAAACAUGUUUAUUUUCAUUCAAAGGUAAAGAGUACAAUGCUGAAUCAUAUAGCGGUAUUGUAUUAAGAGAAAUGGGUUGGAAAGAUUUCGAUAAAGAAGAUAAAGAAAGAAUCAGUCUCUAUUGGGUUGAUCAAGUAAUCCAUGGUGUAAAUGGUGUCCUCUGGUCCCCAGGUGGUUUUGAAGAUGACAGCUCUUAUUUUGGUUAUUCAUUAAAUUUAUUUAAACCAACUUUCUCACCACCACACUCUAUGGUUUUAAGUAAUGGUGAUGUUAAAGUAACCUAUUGGUACAGUGAUUUAAAAAAUAAAAAUGUUAAAUACCUUCAAGUUAUUUUUGAUACCAAUGGUGACAUCAAAUCAAGAGAUAUUCUUUCAACCAGCAAAUCUCAAUUUUAUAAAGGUUUAGCAACCAGUGUAUUUGGUAGUGUUGCUUUAGCAGUUGGUAUUUACUGUAAAUAUUUAGCUUUUAAUAAAAAUAUUGAUAUAAUGGAAGAGAAUGAAAAUGAAAAGUUGAAAGAAGAUAACGAUAGUCAUAAUACUGGUAAUGGUAAUAGUGGGAAUGUAAAUAAUAAUAAUAAUAGUAAUAAUGACAAUAAUUUAGUAGCCCCAACUCCACCAGUAGCGGUAAAAGCAGCCAUUAGAGUAGUAUGUAGGGUAAGACCAUUAACAGAAUUAGAAAUCAGUAGAAACGAAAGAUCAAUUGUAUUUUUUCAUAAUAGUAAUUCAAUAUCAAUUAGAGCCAAUGGUCAACCAUUUACAUUUGACCGUAUUUUCAACUGUGAAAGCACCCAACUCCAAGUAUUUCAAGAUGUUGCUGAACCAAUUAUAAAUGAUUUUUUAAAUGGUUAUCAUGGUACAAUCAUGGCAUAUGGUCAAACUGCAAGUGGCAAAACAUUUACAAUGGUUGGCGACCCAGCUCCAAGCUUACAUGGUAUAAUUCCAAGAGUUAUUGAGAAAAUCUUUGAAGGGAUCAAGAGUUUGAGGGGAUUAGAUACAACAUUAUCAAUAGCAUUUUGUUUGAAGAUUUCUGCAUUGGAGCUGUAUAACGAAAAGCUCUAUGACCUGUAUGAUGGAGAAAGAAAUAAUUUAUCUAUAAGAGAGCAUAAACAAAAUGGUAUCUAUGUCGAAGGUAUUACUGAAAAAGUUAUUACCUCAGUGGAGGAAGCUUAUGAUUUCCUUAAUGCCUCAAAUAGAAAUAGAGCCAUCGCAGCAACAAAAAUGAGCGCCGCAAGUUCAAGAAGUCAUUCAGUAUUAAUGAUUGAACUAUCUCAACAAAAUUUAUCUGCGGAAUCCUCAAAGAUAUCAAAAUUAUUUUUAGUCGAUUUGGCUGGUAGUGAAAGAGCACACAAAACAGGCGCAGAGGGUGACAGAAUGCAAGAGGCAAAGAAUAUAAAUUUAUCGUUAUCAGCAUUAGGCAAAGUUAUCAAUGCAUUAACCACAGGUGCACCGUAUAUUCCAUAUAGAGACAGUAAAUUAACAAGAGUUUUACAAGAUUCACUUGGUGGUAAUUCAAAAACAUCUCUUAUUAUCAAUUGUUCACCAAGUCGUAACAAUGAACAUGAAACUAUUUCAACACUCCAAUUUGGUACUCGUGCUAAAAGUAUUGAAAAUGUCGCCAAAGUUAACAAAAAAAUUACCUACCGUGAAUUGGAAGAGUAUAUUAUCAAACUAUCCAAAGAAUUGGAAAGACUUCGUAAAGAAUCAAAUGAAAAGGAUGCAACAAUUAUCACAAAAGAUCAAGAAAUUGAAGGUCUCAAAAAAGAACUACAAGAGAAAUCAUCAAGCAAUCUUGAUGAUUUAUAUUUUAGCAAAAUUCAACUUGACCAAGCAAAAAUAUUUGAUGAUAAUAUCGAAGAAUUCAAAGUUGAUGAAAAUAAUGCAAAUAAUAAUAACAAUAAUAGUAAUAAAAAUAAUAAUAAUAUCAAUAUUGAAGAUCUUGAUGAAAACCCAAAUAAUUCAAGUCAUGACUCAAUAAAGAUUACAGAUUUAGACGACCCCAUAGAUAAUGGUCCAGAUGAAUAUAUUCAUGAUAUUAUAGUUAACGGUAGUAUUCAUCACGACAGCGAUAAAAGUUCUGAUGAUGAAUCUGGAAAUGAAAAUAAUAGCUCACUAAAUAGAUUUAAAAUUCAGCCACUAUUUAAUGAAUCCGAAAUUGAUCAAUUUAAUAAUAGUCAUAGUAGUAUAAAUAACUUUUAUUCGAGCAAUAACAACAAUAGCGUAAAUAGUAGCAUUCAUUUAAAUUUAAAAGUUUCAACCUCCUAUAUCACAACCUCACCCAAUAUCUCCCCAAGAACCUUUGACAAUAAUUAUAAAAGUGAUAAGAAUAAUAUCGAUGAAAGCUCAAAUAACAACAAUACAGCUUCACCAACCCUCAGCUUCUUUAGUGAUCAAUUUUUAUCACUUUCAAGUAGUGUCGAUGGAGGAAAAAUAUUAGAUAGCGAAAAGGAACCAGUAGAGCAAGAAAUAAGUGAAAAUAGCAAUGGUCAUAAUUAUAAUAAUGAUAGCAAUAAAAUAGAAGAUUUACCAAAUAAUAUUGUAGGUGAAGAUCUAAACCAAGUUGUACAAAACCAAGAACAAAUUCAAAUUGAACAAGUUCUUCAAGAACAUCAAGAAAAUGAUGAUGAAAUAUCCAUUUCCUCAGUGGUUACAUCUAAAUCAUUAUCAACCGUUGGCUUUACAUUUAUUGAAGAUGAUGAAUCUCAAUCUACAACUUCAAAUAAAAAUAAAGAAAUUGAUCAGCUUGAUGCAAAUGAUUUUGAAAAUGAUAGUGAACCUCAAAAAGAUGAAAAUGAAAAUACUGGCAAUAAUGGAAACAUUGGCGAAUUUAAUAAAUCCUCCAUUGAACAUGAUGAUGAUCCCCAGUCUCCAAAUGAAGAUAUAGAAAUUGAUCAGUUUGGUGCAAAUGAUUUUGAAAAUGAUAGUAAACCUCAAAAAGAGCAAGAACAAAAAGAUGAAAAUGAAAAUUCUGAUAAUAAUGAAAACAUUGGCGAUAAUGAUGAUUUUGGCUUCUCUAAAAUUGAAAAGGAUGAUGAAGAUAAUCCAAACUCAAACGAUUCAAAUAGCAACAUUAUAAAUAGUAAUGAUAAUGGUUUUAUUCAAGAUAAUAACAAUAGUGAUCCAGUUAUACAAUCAUCAAUCGCAACUACAUCCAUAAACCCUUCAAAUGAAAAUAUCAAUACAAUAUUAAUAUCAUCUGAAAACCAAGAAGAACCACUACCACAACAACAACAACAAUUUUUAGAAUCGAACCAGAGAAAACGUAUUCCAAAAUCAUUUUAUAUGCUUUUCUCCUUAUUAUUAUUACUAGUCUCAUUAGUUUACUUUAUCAACACACCAUCAUAUCAAGAUAGAUUAAUUCAACGUAGAACCUACUUAGAUACACUUGGAAUUUAUUCAGAUUUCCCAACAUUUGAAAAACUAGGCAUUCACAAAAAAUACUCUAUGAAGUUCUUUAAUGAUCUUUAUGGUUACAAUAGUCAAGAAUACCAAAAGGAAGCAAGCGAUAUUAAUACAUCAUAUAACCAUCUAGUAGAAAUGAGUUUAUUUGAGAAUACAAUGUCAUAUCUAUUGCAUUCAACAGGCUUUAGACUCAAUGAUGACCUUUCCUUUUUAAAUAGAAAAUUAGAGUACAAGAGCUUAGUUUAUAAAUUUACAAAAUCACCCUCAACAAAUAAUCACGAGCAGCAAUACCAACAACAACUUGAACAAUACCAACAAGAAAUAAAUAAUAACAAUUUAAUUAAAAUUAAAGAUGAAGAAAUUUUAAAAAAAAAUAAUGAAUUAAAAAACAAGGAUGAAAAAAUUCAAAUGUUAGAGAAAAAAAACAAUGAAAUUAUGGAAAAAUUAAAAGAGUUAGAAACCAUUAUCACUAAGAAGGGUGAAGAUCAAGAUUAUCAAAAAACCUUAAUUGAGAAGGUCACUCAAUUAGAAUCAGAGAAAAAGAAAUUUGUUUCACUUGUUAGCACUCUAGAAUCUGAUAAAAAGACCUCAGACACCAAAAUCAAUCAAAUGAACGAUGAAAUCUUAACACUAAAAUCAGAAUCACAAAAAUACCAAAUUGUAGCCCAACCACCAUUAUUAAAAAUCAUUUGGGAAUAUAUCAAUCCAAAAAAUAUAUUAGAUUUCCUUUUAUCUUUUUUUUAA